GAACCCAUGCACCUCGGAUGCACCGCCUCCCUUCGGCGUGCAAUUUUUUUUUUUUUUUUUAUAUUUUUCCUCGGCUGGAAAAUACAGGCAUCAGCACCACCACCACAGCUGCAAGCGUUUGCAAUAAAUGCCAUAAAGUAUCAAAAUCUCAGCCAGCACUCGCUCAGCUCUAAAGCGGCAAGCUCCGGCUUCAGAUUCAGAUUCAGUUUCAGCUUCAGCUUCAGAUUCAGCUGCAGCUACAGCGUUUUCGUUCAUUCCAUUCCAUUUGAUUGCAUUUGGCGCCAAACCAAGUAUAAAAGCUGGAGAACCUGGGCUGCGAUCGGCACACAAGUACCGUGACAUUCGAGGAGCCACAACACGCGGUGGCACUGCAGCAGUGGUGCAACAAGGACUCACGUGGAUUACCUCAGCUCAGUGGAUAAACUGCAUCGGAAGGACUUGGGUGGCAAGGAUUCAUUGCAUUGCCUUUAACUGUAUUUGAACUCUUUGAAGUUUUCCAGCAAUGGCUCUUAAGUGGGCUCUGGUGAUCACGACGCUGGCGUUGGCCCAGUCAGCGAAGCUGGAUAACAAAUACCUGCCUCCGCCGGCAAGUGCGGCGAGUGCGGGCGGCAGUCCGGGAGCGGGACUCCAGGGACCGGGAGGUGGCUUCGGGGGAGGCGGACCAGGAGGAGGCUUCGGCGGAGGCGGAGGAGGAGCUGGUGGCUACGGUGGAGGAGGUGGCGCUGGAGCUGGCGGCUUCGGUGGAGGAGGCGGAGGUGUACCUGGUGGUUUUGGAGGAGGUGGUGCCGGCGGCGGAGGAUCUGGUGGCUUUGGCGGCGGUGGAAACAAUGGAUUGGGUGGCUUUGCCAACGGUCGACCCAUCGCACCUGGCGGCGGUGGUGGUGGCGCUCCCGCUCCUCGUCCCAGUCCACCAGGUGGUGCUCCUCCUGCCUCUGGACCUCCCAUUCCGAUCCUCUCCUUUGUCAACGAGAACGACGGGGAUGGCAACUAUCGCUUCAGCUACGAAACCGGAAAUGGUAUUAAAGCCCAGGAGGAGGGCACCGUGAAGAACAAGGGAUCCCCGAAUGAAAUCCCCUCCGUGAUGGGAUCCUACUCGUACACAAAUCCCGAGGGAGAGGUCGUGGAGAUCAUGUACACGGCGGAUGAGAACGGCUUUGUGCCUUCGGGCAACGCUCUGCCCACUCCACCACCCAUUCCAGAAGCGAUCGCCAAGUCCCUGGCUGCCCAGGGAAUCUCCGUGCUGCCAGGCGGCGGUUUUAGUGGAGGAUCCGGAGGUCAGGGUGGCGGUGGUGGCGGAGGUGGUGGAUCGGGAUAUGGCGGUGGAUCAGGAUAUGGGGGCGGUGGCGCUGGAGGUGGAUCCGGAGGAGGAGGCGCAGGUGGAUAUGGAGGUGGAGCAGGCCGAGGCGGUGGUCCUGGAGGUCCCGGCGCACCAGGAGGUGGUGGAUUUGGAGGUCAAGGAGGUGGUGGUGGUUAUGGAGGAGCUGGCGGCGGAGCUGGUCGUGGAGGUGGUCCCGGAGGUCCCGGAGCUCCAGGAGGAGGAGGUGGUUAUGGAGGCGGCGCAGGCGGCGGUCGCGGUGGAGGAGGUGGUGGCGGAGGACCCGGAGGUCCCGGAGCGCCCGGUGGAGGAGGUUUUGGAGGUCAAGGAGGAGGUGGCGGAUUUGGAGGCGGCGCCGGACGUGGUGGUGCUCCAGGUGCUCCCGGAGCUCCCGGCGGAGGCGGAUUUGGAGGUCAAGGAGGAGCUGGAGGUGUUGGAGGUGGAUAUGGAGGAGGUGGCGGCGGAGGCCGUGGAGGCGGUGGAGCACCAGGAGCACCCGGAGCUCCAGGAGGAGGUGGAUUUGGAGGUCAAGGAGGUGGCGGCGGAUAUGGAGGAGGCAGCGGACGAGGUGGUGCUCCAGGAGCUCCUGGAUCUCCAGGAGGAGGAGGCUUUGGUGGCCAAGGAGGAGCUGGUGGCGGCUAUGGAGGCGGCGGCGGAGGAGGUCGCGGUGGUGGUGGAGCACCAGGCGCACCAGGAGCCCCAGGAGGAGGUGGAUUUGGUGGUCAAGGAGGAGGUGCUGGUUACGGAGGUGCCGGCGGUCGUGGAGGUGCUCCAGGAGCUCCAGGAUCACCUGGAGGUGGUGGCGGAUUUGGAGGCGGCGGCGGACGCGGGGGUGGUGGAGCACCAGGAGGUCCUGGAUCUCCCGGAGGACCAGGCUAUGGAGGUGGUGCAGGUGGCGCAGGAGGUGUCGGUGGAGCACCAGGACGUCCAGGAGCCCCAGGAUUGCCGGGUGGCAAUCAGUACGUUCCACCCCCAGCUGGAGGAGGUGGUGGUGGUGGUGGCCCAGGAUCGCCCGGCAGGCCAGGAUCAGGAGCUCCUGGCACAGGAUCACAGUACAUUCCACCUCCGCCAGGAGUGCCCGGUGGAGGCCGCGGCAACGGAGAGUUUAAUCCUCAGACAGGCUAUAGCUACUAAUUCGAAAAGCAACUCCAAAACGCCAAUCAAAUCUCUCAAACCGAAGAAAUUCCAGUGCAACGCAGGCUUCCCUAAAUGUUCUUUCACUCAAACGAUUAAUUUAUUUAUGUAAGCUUCCCCCUUUUUCUCUUUUGUGACAAUGUGUGUGUGCAACUAUCGAAAUAAAUGAAUCUUGAAAACAUGAAA